AUGCGGCGUUACAAUACUGGCGAAUUCGUCUCUACGAAAACGAUGAGGCUUCUCGCGUUUCUUCUGAUCUGUAGUUUGUCUCUUGCUUUUUCCGCCGAGUCCGAUAUCGGGACUGACUCAGUUGUCACUCGGGAGAUCAAUGGAACCGCAGCUGAGUUCAAUGCGACGAGCGCGAAACCUAAGGAAGACAGUUUCGCUGAUAUGAUCGAUCGGGCACUUGAGAAGGAGUUUCCGGAGAAUGACCAGAACGAAGUUCCUGAUCCAGGAAGCUUCAAUAACAGUGUUGCUGAUCAGCAGGCUGUUCUGGAGACUGUUGCUCGAGUUAAGCCCAAGAAAAAUGAGACCAAGACCAAGGAGGAGAAAUCAUUCUUUAAUUUGGAUAACGAGAAUGGCGUUGAAGAUACUCCAAGACUGAUAGAUAGGAAGGACAACAUUUUUAUCAUGUCCAAUCCAAAAUCCAAGUACCCUGUACUGCAGCUAGAUUUAAGGCUGAUAUCAGAUUUGGUCGUCGUCAUUGUUUCUGCUACUUGUGGUGGAAUUGCCUUUGCUUGUGCUGGUCAACCGGUCAUUACUGGGUAUCUACUGGCUGGGUCUAUCAUUGGGCCGGGUGGGUUAAGCUUUGUUAGUGAAAUGGUGCAGGUUGAAACAGUAGCUCAGUUUGGUGUUAUCUUUCUCCUUUUUGCUUUAGGAUUAGAAUUUUCGGCAGCAAAGCUUCGUGUAGUUCGUGCUGUAGCUAUUCCAGGAGGUCUUCUUCAAAUAUUUUUGUUCAUGUGCUUGAGUGGGAUAACAGCCUCGUUAUGUGGCGGUAAACUAACCGAAGGAAUAUUCGUAGGUGCAUUUCUUUCGAUGUCAUCAACAGCGGUGGUUUUGAAAUUUUUAAUGGAGAAAAAUAGCAUAAGUGCUCUACAUGGCCAGAUAACCGUUGGAACUCUUAUCCUUCAGGAUUGUGCUGUCGGGUUGCUUUUUGCUCUCCUUCCGGUUCUCGGUGGCACAUCUGGUCUUCUUCAAGGAGUGUUGUCCAUGGCUAAAUCGUUGGCUAUUUUGAUUGCGUUUUUGGCUGCUUUGUUUGUGUUGUCACGUACCUGGGUACCUUGGUUUCUAAAACUUAUGACAAGCCUUUCUUCACAGACUAACGAGCUCUACCAGUUGGCCGCUGUAGCAUUUUGUUUGCUUGUCGCUUGGUGUAGUGACAAGCUCGGUCUAAGUCUUGAGUUGGGUUCCUUUGCGGCAGGAGUUAUGAUCUCAACAACUGAUCUCGGUCAGCAUACUCUUGAACAGGUGGAACCCAUCCGCAAUUUUUUUGCAGCACUGUUCCUUGCAAGUAUCGGCAUGUUGAUACAUAUGCACUUCUUGUGGAACCAUGUCGACAUUCUGCUAGCAGCUGUGUUACUGGUGAUAGUGAUAAAGACCGUGGUAGUUGCAAUCGUCGUCAAAAUCUUUGGAUACAAUAACAAAACUGCAGUACUAGUUGGAAUGUCACUUGCACAGAUUGGGGAAUUUGCUUUUGUUCUGCUAAGUCGAGCAUCUAAUCUUCACCUAAUUGAGAGCAAACUGUAUCUCCUGCUUCUGGGAACAACUGCUUUAAGCUUGGUAACAACACCAUUGCUAUUCAAGUUGAUACCGGCCGUUGUACAUUUAGGAGUGCUUUUGCGGUGGUUCUCUCCCGACAGCUCAACCGAUAUUGGAUUCAAAGGAGAAUUGUAUCAUUCAGAGAGCGCAAAGCGUAUAUCUCUAAUGAUCCAAGGUUCUCUUCACGACUCUUGA